UACUAAUAUAAAUAAUAUAAAAUUUAAUAUUGGAAUAUAUAAAGUAAACAUUAUAAUUUUCAAUAUAUUUCCCAUCUUUAAAAGCUUCGUGCAUGUACGAAAGUGAUUUCUCAUUCUGAAAAAAAUAUUGAAAUUGCCGCGGAUAUUACGAGUAAUUUAACACGAUAUUACCAUAUCGCUAGCAGGUAUUACUAAGUAAUAUCCGGAAUUAUGAAAUCGCUUAAGGAUUUUACUUCUUGGUUUUAAGCGUCGCGUGCUAUAAUACGAGAUAAACGAUGAAACACAGAUAAAAGAUUGCUUAAUGACAUUUAUAUUCAGAGGGGCCCGCAGCGGGAGAGAAGUCUAGAUCAACGUCUCGGCAUCCAGCCACCCACUUACGCGAUAAUCAGGGCACGUCUACGAGUGCACUGGCCCCAAAGUGCAACGAACUCUCGUGAGGAAAUGCUAUUUCGUGCAUUCCAUACAUAUGCAUAUUAUUACCGGGUUUCGUAAUUUUACAACAAACGGAAGUUGAUUCGCGUCCAUACGAAUCCUGACGAUUCGUUAGAAUUCGUUCGCGAGCUUACGGCCGAAGCUAGUUUACGACAUAAUGCAUGCAUACACUUCAUUUUAGUCAUCAAUUAGUAAAUGUAGAGAUUUAUACGAUCUAUUCGAAAUGAAUAUACGAACAACACGCUGUACUUUUUUAAAAAUAUUUGAUGACAUGAAGUAUUUUUUCCUCGGAUAAUUUUACAAUAGCCACAAUGAGAGUGUGUGUGUGUGUGUGUGUGUGUGUGCGUGCGUGUGUGUACAUACCGAUCAAAUUUCGGAAUAUGAGAAAUUCGUAAUGUCAGCGUUCUAUGGUUAUUUAUGCUUAAUGUAUGGCCAAGGAAUUAUCAGUUUCAAACGAACUGCAGCAAGUGUAAGAGAUCACGAUGUAUCGAGAAUUAUUUCUAGUGGUGAUAAUCUCGUUGACAAGUACCGUACUUGCCGACGUUCUCGUUUCCGGUUACGAACAUCAAUUCGGCAACAAUCCGCAUUAUUCUCCUCUUCCGCAAUACAAGGAAUCGACGCAACAGCCGGGAUUUCAACUGGCGUAUCCCAAUUACGAAUCGCACCAAGACAGAGCUCGUUCACAUAUAGUAAGCUAUCCAUACCGUCACUAUCACCGUCAUGACUAUCAUUAUUUACCAAGACCGCACCAUUUGCAUUACGCAAAGGUAGGAGGUCAUGGAUACGUGCGGCCUUCAGUGUUCGUCGGUUACCCCCAACCAUUGAUAGUACACCACCGGUAUAGAAGGUCGGAUAAGUCCGAUCCUACAAGCAUCGAAACCAGUAAAUCUGCGAUCGAUGCACAUGACGAUGAUGUGGCCGCGAAGUCGUCCUUAACCGACACCGAAAAACCUACAAUCGACUCAUUACUUCCAGAACACGAGGCUACCAAUACCAAUGACAAGCAUUUAGAGAACCGUCAAAUCAAUAAUGAUCAUAUGACAAGUCCACGUUUAUUCGGUCUGUAUCCGGACAUGAUGUACUCCGGACUUUAUCCGUCCCGCAGCGAAAACAGAAUGCAAUACAUGAUUCCAAAAAAUACUGCCAGCGCUGACAAACUAAUGCAAAAAGCAACGUCUCAAGGAAGUGGAGAUUGUCAUGAUAAUUUCCAAAUCACCAAUAGGCCUUCUGUAAGAAUUCCGGAACCUAUGGAAUGGGAUGAGACGAUGUUUUCAAACGAUGAUUACGACUCUCACAGCGGAUUUCGAAAUGCAUGGUGGUUUCUCUCACCAUUCUUGAAACCGCAAGAACCAGAAGUAGAAUCAAUUUCAGUGCCAUCAGCGCCAAUGAGAUUUGGGCCGCAAAAAUAUCAUAUAUAUUAUAAAGAUAUGCCACCACAUAUAGCUAACUUAAAGGAUUCCGGCUUAGAUGCGAAAACUAUAGAGGAUAUGAUGAUUGAUUGGGAGGAAAAUACAGGAGAGUCGCGGGCCGCACAACAAGAAGUAGAAAACAAAUAUUUACAGGAAUACACAAAUAUGAACAUGGCUAGCCCAAGACAAAGCAACACUCAACCGACUAUUCCGAUUGAAAUUAUUAUUCCUAAAGCUGAUCAAGAUACGUCUCCUACGAAUUCCCCUGCGUCACAUAUUUUAAUUAAUUACAAUAGUAAUAACGAUAAAACUGACGAGGUCAGCAGUUUGGUGGGUCCCCAAGAACGCAACAGAUAUUUGCAGGAACUCGCAAAUAUGAAUAUGGCUAACCCAAGACAAAGCAAUACUCAAUCUACUGAAUCUAAGAUCUACCCAACUCUUCAGAAACAACUAACUGAAACAAUUACUAAAACUGACAAAAAUACGUCUCCUAUGAAUUUGCCUGCACCAACUUAUCAAACUUAUGUAUUUGUUUCUGAUAAAAAUAGCGAAGGACUAUCGGAAACUAACCCUAUCGUCAUGGAAGGCCAAGGACUCGAAAACAAAUAUAUGCAGGAAAUCACAAAUAUGAACAUGGCUAACUCAAGACAAAGCAACACUUCGCCGAUUAUUCCGCUCAAAAUUGGAAAUCCAAAUGAACCACUUGUUCUUCCUAAAAUUGACCCAGAAACGAAUAUACGUCCAUCAAAUCAAUACCAAGCACCCUAUCAAACUUAUAUGAUAGAUCUUGAUAAAAUCAGUAAAAUGUCCGGGAUGAGUGAGACUGACAUGAAAUACCAAGAAAAUAAAUAUUUGGAGGACGUCACAAAUAUGAACAUGGCUGACGCAAGACAAAGAGAGAUUCUGAAACCGACUGAAAUGAUUAUUAUUCCUAAACAGAACCAAAAUACACGUCGCAUGAAAGCGCCUCUUACACCCUACACCCAAAGAAUUAUACAACAUUUUGGUGGUGGCAGAAAUAGUGAGGGACUACCGAAAACUGAUGAAAUCGUCAAUACGCCAUCUGCAAGACAAAUACCUUUACUUCCUGAAGAAGUCGUCUUACCGGUUAUCGACACAACACGACCAAUAAGUUCUUCUUACAUUACGCCAUAUUUUUCCCUGCCUCAAUAUAUUCCACAGAUUGAUAUUCGCAAUUAUGAGAACUAUUAGUUUAUGAAUUUCGCUUCGAAAUGUUCAAAUAGUGCAAAUUUUUAUAAGUAAAACUAUAAUCUAACGUCAAGCCUUUAAUCGAAAUCCCUGAUUACAUAAAUAUCAAUGCUUAAAGCAAUCAAAGCCAAUGACACAAAUGUAGGCAUAAGGCACAUUUUACAUAGAAAAGAGUAUUCCACUAAAAUAAUCUAAAUAUCAUGACAAUACUUAUCAAAGUGAUAUACUAUUUUAUAACACGUCAUCAAUUUAUUCUUAGUAAGACACUUAUAGAUAUGACACUGUUAUCGAUUCCUGUCACAUUACCUUGAAGCAACGAGUCGAUUGACCGUAACGGUUUUCAUGUUCUAUUUAUUAUAAUUACUCUCAUACCGUGCACGCAUAAUAUUUUUAUAAGCGUACAUCCCUCAUCAAACUUCGUCAACUCGGUAAUUGAACUUUUAUAUACGAUUUUUUAAAUAAGGAUGUUUUUUAAAUAAGGAUAAAAUGUUUUACUUUAAUAUAAGUCUAUGUGUAUGUACUAAGGUUUUAAAUAAAUAUAUUUUAAUGGGAAUUAAAAAAUUUAA